AUGAAGGUUAUACCUAAAAAGAGAAGCUACAAAAAAAAAACUAAACGCGCGGAAUCGGCUCGACGAGUAACGAACCAAUAUUUUGUCAAAGUAAAUGGAGUUGACAUUCAAAUAUGUAAGACUGAAUUUUUAUCGGUCCAUGGACUUCAAAACUCCAGUAAGCGAUUAAAACUUAUCGCUCAGCAAAUUGUUGAAGGCAGGACAACUCCAAAAAGGGACGGUAUUGGCAAACAUCAAAACAGACCCAACAAAAUUUCUGCAGAAAGAGUUCAGUCUGUUCAUGACCAUAUUAAAGCCAUUCCGAAAUAUGUGAGCCAUUACAGUCGGAAAGUUAAUCCAAAUAGAGUUUUUCUAAACCACGACCUCAACAUAUCUACUCUCUACAAGGACUAUUAUGUUGAGUGGUGCAAAGAACGUGGAAUAGCACCAGUAAAAGAAGAUCGGUAUAGACGAAUAUUCUGUUCUGAUUACAAUAUAGGAUUUAAGCUGCCCAAGAGUGAUACUUGUCAUACAUGCGACUUCCUUAAUAAUCAAAUGGAAGCAAAUAAAGAAAACCUGGAGGAAUUCAAUGAAUUUAAAACACAACUGCAGCUUCAUCAGACGAGAGCACUUGCCAUGCAGGAUAGCUUGAAAAAAGAGGUAUCAGACAAUGCGAAAAAUUCCACGUGUAUAAUAUCAUUUGAUUUACAGCAGACUCUUCCCACGCCUUCGCUAACUGUGGGUCCUGCCUUCUAUUUACGAAAGGCUUGGACGUACAACCUCGGCAUACACGAUUGUGUCACUGGCAAAGGUAGCAUGUUUUUGUGGGCAGAAACUACUGCAAAAAGGGGAAGUGAAGAGAUUGCAAGCAUCCUGCUGAAAUACUUACAAGAAUUUCUUGAGGUAAAUGUGGGUAAAAGAGGAUCUCGGCUGGGAAGUCAACGAACCCUGACAGAUUUGAGAAGAAAAUACAAUGGACCUCUAGCACUGAAUGACAAGAAGAUCAAAGAUCUGAAAAAGCUUCUAAAAUAUAUCCCGCCGAUUAGUCAGCAAUUUUUUGUUGAUAUUGUAGGAAAUACAAUUGAAGCAGAGCCAGGCAGUGAACAGCCGAAGGAAGGAGAAGAAGAGGCUGAAGAUAUAGAUGGCGAUGAUGAAGAAGUGAAUUUGGACUAA